UGACACUACAGAUAAGUGUUAUAAGUUCUUGGGUAAAAGCACGCUAAAUCGAUCAAUAACUCAAUGCGAGCAAUUGAACUCGGUCGUGACGAUGAUCCGAUCGGCUGAGGAGAAUCAGGCUUUGAUGGAUAUUUGGACGAACACCACCGCUGCCAGAGUCAAGAUAUAUCUCGGAGCUCGGCGAACAGGAAGUGGAAAACUCGACUUCAAGUGGCUAGACGGGACAAAUAUUACAUAUAACAGUUACGCACUCGCGCAGAUGACGAAUUCUGGAGGCAUCGAGAAUUGUUUGGAGCUAUUUAUCGGCCGCGGGCGAUCUGAUUCUGGUGUUUGGAACGAUGUGCGGUGCGAUGGCACUGUGGAGAUUGGUGUUUGCGAAAAGCCGAAGAGA